AUGGCGAAUCCGAAAUUCAUCAACUGCUGUGGAGCUGAUUUCAGCAUUUUCGUUCUCCUUAUCUCCAUUGUGAUUGCUUAUGCUGCAGUAACAUCAUCGCUUGUACUUUGCCUGUUAUCCUUCAGGCAAGUGGAUCUGGAAGUGAUUGCUCUCUCUGGUAGCAUCUGGAAUAGGUUAUACGCUGAGGAAAUACUGACGCUGGUCAAAAAGCGUAAUCUACUGCACUGUACUCUGAUAAUAUGUAAUCUCGUGGUUGCUGAGGCAUUCCCUACUUUCCUCGGCGAUCUAGUUACGUGGUGGAGCACCGUCUUGGUGUCAAUGGCAUUGAUUCUUCUGUUCGGAGAGAUUAUUCCACGGUCUGCCCGUUCUCGCUAUGGACUGAAGAUUGGGGCAAAAGUCGUUCCCACUGUUCGUGUUCUUCUACUAAUAUGCUGGCCAUUUGCUUUUCCCAUAAGCAAGCUUGUAGACUGGGGGCUGGGUCAUCCGAAAACAGACCUUUUCAGCAGAGCAGAGUUAAAAGCCUUCAUAAAGAUGCAUGGCGAUGAGGCUAAUAAAGGUGGACAACUGACACGUAUGGAAACAAGAGUCAUUGCUGGGGUGCUGGGACUGUUUGAGAAGACCGCCUGGGAUGCUAUGACCCCCGUAGCUGAAACUUUCUCUUUAAAAUUGGAUUCAGAACUUAACUGGGGUACGAUGGCUUUAAUAAUGAGGAAAGGGUAUAGCAGAAUCCCACUAUAUUUUGAGAAACCUGACCAAAUUGUUGGACUUGUUCAGGUCAGGGACUUAUGUAUGAGAACUUUUGAUGAUUUACAUGCGGGAAAAAAGGGUCAUCCAUCAUUGAAUCAGACAUUUCAAGGUUUUCCAAGGUUUGAAGCCGAUAUGCCACUGUAUAGCGUUAUGAAUCAUUUGGAGGAGUACAACACCCACGUGGGUUUAGUUGUGAAACAUAGUCAAGGUUCUUCCAAUGGACACGAGGAAUGUAUUGGCAUCAUCACAAUGGGUGGUAUAAUUGAAGAGCUUUUAAAGAUGAACUGUUUCCAUACGAUGUUGCGUGCUGUUAAGCCAGAGUUGUUUGCCAAUGAGGACAAAAUUGAUAACGAAGUGAAAUGGGCUAAAGUUUAUGUGCAGAAUGAUACUGAUUCAUGUGAAGUUCAUGUCCUCUCUUGGCUACAAGAGUGGGAUGACACUGUUCAUGAUGCUGCAGAAUAUACCAUGCCACGAUACUCCAAUGAUGAAUUGCAAGAGUUGAAGGUUGGCUGUUUGUGGUGGUUGGUUACCCAUCCACAAAAUGAACAUAGGGAUGAAGUGAUGUCAAUGCUAUCGGACUUCAACAAGAGCAAGAGGAGGAGAUAG